UUGCUUUUCGUAAAGAUACAUGCUUCAAUUCAAAUCACAGAUAAGAUAAAUUAUUAUUUAAAUACUUCAGAGAUAAAUUGUUUGGUUUUUCUAUUGUAAUGAAUUUUUUAUCAUAACCUAACAGUGAGACAUUUUUAUAUUGACUAAUAUAAAUUUUAGUAAAUAGAAUUAAGUUUUGAAUUUUGAUAUUAAUUGCAAUAAAGUGUGAUAACUAUUCAAUAGUUUAUUUGUAUGUAGGUGCUUAUUCGAAAAAAGUAAGUCUCAUUCACAGAAGCCGUAUUUCCACUGAAAAAUAUAUUUUUUAUUUUGAUAACAGGAGCUAGCCUAAAUAAAAAGAUACCUGAAUAGGUAUAAAAUAUAAAACUGGACAUUUCAGAGUUGUAUACUUUGGAGGACGGAUCUUAUAAUACAUAUUAAAUAUGGCUCACUCUGCUAAUACAUCUGGAAACUUGAAGAAUGGUAUCAUUGACUUCACUGCGGGUUCUUUAGGUGGUGUUGCAGUUGUGUAUGUUGGUCAACCUUUAGAUACUGUAAAAGUAAAAAUGCAAACAUUCCCACAUCUCUAUACAGGAAUGUAUAACUGUUUGAAACAAACUCUUAGAAGUGAUGGUGUAAUACGUGGUUUAUAUGCAGGCACAACUCCUGCCAUCUUGGCCAAUGUUGCUGAAAACUCAGUUUUGUUUGCUGCCUAUGGUUACUGCCAGAAGUUUGUGUGUGCAGUAACAGGAACACAGAGUGUAGAGCAGCUCUCAGCAUUGGGUAAUGCAUCGGCAGGUUUCCUUGCCGCAUUCUUCUCAUCAUUCACAUUGUGCCCGACAGAACUGAUCAAAUGUCAAUUGCAAGCGAUGAGGGAGGUCAACGUGCAAGGCUCACAGACAGCUAUUAAAGUGACGCCCUUACAGUUAACACAACAAAUUUUUAGACAAUAUGGAAUACAAGGACUGUUUAGAGGUCUUGUACCGACAAUCAUGAGGGAAAUGCCAGGAUAUUUUUUCUUUUUUGGAGGAUAUGAAGGUACAAGAAGCUUACUUACUAAACCAGGCCAAUCAAAAGAUGACAUAGGUUUUGUAAAGACGAUGAUCUCUGGAGCCGUCGGUGGAUUGGUUCUAUGGACUGUUAUAUUUCCCUCUGAUGUAAUUAAAUCUCGAGUACAGAUAUCAAAUCAAAGUCAAAAGUUUUUAACAGUCGGCUAUGAAAUAGUUAAAAAAGAAGGCAUACUAGCGUUGUAUAACGGACUUAAGCCCACUCUAGUUAGAACCAUACCAGCAACUGCCGUUUUAUUUGUUGUAUACGAAUAUUCAAAAAAAUUUAUGCACAACACGUUUGGUGACUAAACUAUCAAUAGUUAAAAUCGUUGUUAUUUUAUUGUUACUGUUGUAAUUAAUAUUGAAUAUUAUAAUAAAAACUGUUACAAUUGUAUACCCAGAAA